AUGACUUUGGAACCUGAUGGGGCAAUACCUCCACCAGGGCCUCCUCUACAUCUGUCCGUUGUCUCUGACGUCAGCAAUAUCGGUGUUCAGUGGGAACCUCCAGCGGAAACAUACGGAAAUAUACGGAACUACAUAGUAAGCUGGGCGGUACUUCCAAACUUUACAGAUUUUACGAGUAUUAUUGAUGAUGACGUCACAAUGUCAAUAAUUCCCGCACAAGGACUGGCUGGGCAAUGUGGCAAAGACUAUAGUUUGUUUCCCGAAAGCAAUGUCACUAUAACCUUCCCCGAGUUUCAGAAAGGAAAUCAACUUCAGCCAGGUGUUAUUUGUACUUGGACAUUUAAAACACUGGAUAAAUACUCCUUGGGUGUUAUUUUUCAUGAAUUAAAAUUAUCCGGAAGUGCCCAUUCGAACGACUGUUUUGAUAGCUACAUUGAUAUAAGUGGCAUCGGUCGCUUAUGUAACAGAAGUCAUCAGGGACAACAUGUACGAACUGAUUUGCGAAUUUUGAAAGUGACACUUAAAACUGGCAGACAAAGUGGAGGACAAGGUUUCAAAAUAACAAUAAGAAGUGUCGUUCUGUUGCCCGGACCGCCGUCAAAUAUAAAACUGAGGACAUCCGACCAUGCUAUUAUUAUAAGCUGGCAACCACCAAGGGAGAAUACUCUAUCUAUCACUGCUUACCGUAUUCGAUAUGGAGUUAUCGCACAGAAAAGUCACUAUUUGAUAACAGUUGGACACAAUAUGCGUUACUUUGCAAUAAACACAAAAAGAUUUGAAGGAAAAUUAAUGGAAAUAUAUCUAAGUGCUGUUAUUGGCAUGGAACAGGGGAAAAUAUCAGAAAAAUACUUCGCGCGGGCAACCUGUCGUCGCCGGAUUCAUCUGAAUGGCACAAACAGCGUUAAUAUAACAUCUCCUGGAUACCCACGCGCGUAUCCUAGCAACAUUAUAUGCACGUGGUAUAUUACCUCAGAAAAUAAUGUGAUGUCAUCAGUUACGUACCUAGACUUUAGACUUGAAUAUACGUCAUUCUGUAGCAGUGAUUAUGUCACAUUUUCCUUGAAGAACAAUGCAGAGCACCAGUGCUCUAGAAUGAAGAUGCCGAAAACAGUAUACACAGUUGCUCAAAAUUUCACCGUAACUUUUGUAACAGACGGUCAGAACGAAUUUGCAGGCUUUUGCAUACAGAUCAAAUCAGAAGAUGUUUCAGUCAAAAAUGAUCUAAGUACCACCGAAGGGGCAAUAACAAAAACGAAAUACAUGGAUGACAGCAGUAGAAAAUUUAAGUCAUCAGUGGAUCGUCCGUUGACUACCACUACAUUGAUGACGUCACCGAUGGCUGAACGCAAUAUAACGUCACCUCCAAAAACUUCAGUAGAAACUACAGAUAAAGUUGAAGUUACUACUACAAUAGAUACUACAGAACCUAACUUUACUAGUCGUAAUAAUUCCCAGCUCCUUGUUCAAGCUAAUACAGAUCUAUCGACCAUGCCAACUUUGUCCAAUCAGGAGGCUUCAACGUAUGAUCCCGGUGUAACUGUGCAAUAUACACCGAACGUUUCGCCCGCAUACGUCGCUGAACUUAUUGCACCAUACUCAGAUAGUUCCAGAUCAAAAUCUGCUGUAAACACUGAAGAAAAAGGAUCGGAAGACGACAACGAUAACCCUAUUGUGUUAGCAGUAAUUUUAUCAUUGAUAUCCUGCGGGGCAGUUUUUGUUAUCUUAACAUGUUGCGUACGGUGGAGACGAAGACAUGAACAAAGGAAGAUCAACGUUGAGACUGCUGGAAGAUACCAAGUCACCAACAUUGAACUUCAUGAUAUCUUACGAAACCAAACACGGACAGGAAGUCAGUAUUCAAAUUAUCGCGCAUGCGUGUCAGAAGAUGAAACAGUUUACGCGAAGAGAUAUCUUGAAAGUAUCCCUGAAUAUCAUGAAGACUGUUUACACAGAAAGAAGGAUGACAAGAAAAAUGAAAGAAAACGAUGUAACUCUUUCCCCUUUUGUUUUUCAGCAAGGCGGCGAAAAAUUCACAAAGAAAUUCAAAAUUCCUUGACAUUGUUUGGAUUCAUUGAAGACAAGCAAGCGUUAGAAAGGACCCUUAACAGAAGAUAUCAUUUACAAAGAACAAAUAGUUUGUAGUGUCAUUUCCAAACUGUUGUAUAUGGAAGCCCUAGAGGAGCAAUUGAUUUCCGUACUUCCCACUUCUGACUUCUAACUUUUGCACUUCUCACUUCCAACUUCUUCACUUCCUAAUUCUAACUACCGGACUUCUAACUUCCACACUUGGAAAGGUGGAAGUGAGAAGUGUAGAAGUUGGAAAUCAGAAGUC